AUGAGCAUCGCCCCCGAAUUCGACCAGUCCUAUCGGACUCAGCUGAUUACCGAGCUGGAAAAGAAACUUAGCUUUGAGGAAACCAUGAUCCCCCGCCUGUCAUGGGCUAUGUUGUGGUUUGCAGACCUAGAUCGUCUGCAGGAGUUGAUCGAUAACCCAGACACCGUUUCCGCAAAGUCCAUGUUCCUAUACCCAGAGCCUUUUGAGGAUCUGUUAGCCUUUCCGGAUGACCUGGAGUCAACAUCCACUUCAACCAAGCGUGACCACCCCGAUUCCGAGGAGCAACCAUCGCCGUCCGAGCGACCAAAGCUUGAUGAGGAUAAUGAUUCAGGAAAAUGGCCGUCCGCAGAACCUUUAGACACCUGUGAAGCUGGAGAAAAUGCAGCGGAUCAGUGCUCUGUGCGGGACGACAAUCGGUGUUUUGUCACCAAGGCAGGACAGCCAGCCGAUGCAACUUACAUUGCUCAAGUCCCCACGGCUCAGAGCGACCCUUUUUUUUGGGAGAUGCUUUCGCAUUGCGUGUCGAAAUACAAACUCAACGCGUGGAAGAAAGCCGUUGAACAGGGCGGAUUGGCUGAGAGAUGCGACAAUUUGCUUUCCAUGAGCCCCAGUGUUGCUGCUUACUGGCGAGAUUACCUCUUCGCUUUGAAACCUAUUGAACUAUCAGAAGAUAGUACAUCAAUGAAGGUCCAAUUCUUCUGGCUGCCGGCUCCGCCCCUUGACAUGGAAUACAUUACUUCACGCCCAGAUUUACCAGAAGAUCUCGGCACUCCAGGUGAUGAUAUAAAACUAUGGGACUGCAGGAUCGAAAGGAAAAUUGUCUCUGGUCACAUUAUCACCCUGGUAACUGAUGAUCCGGAGGAGAGGCCCCUUCCAUCGUGGUACCUGCUGGAGAUGGAUUGGUUUCUUCGUCGGCUCUCUGUUCUGGCGGGCCUUAUGGGAUACGUCGAUGGCGAGUUAGAGGAUUACGAGGACGAUUCUUCUUACACUACUGGCCGGUCAACGUCCUGUGGCAUCUGGAAUAUGCUAAAGUCUCUGGAUAAUUACUGACCCUAUCCUUUGUAUGCUUAAUAUUGCU